AUGGUGACGCUGCACGUGAAGACGACGGCCGGGACCAAGUUCGCCGUGGACGUGGCGCUCGAGAGCUCUGUGCUGCAGUGCAAAGAGGCGCUCGUGGCGCGCACGGAGGUGCCCACGUCUCUCCAGCGUCUCAUUUACAAGGGCAAAGUGCUCAAGGACGACCAGACGCUCGCCAGCUACGGUAUCCAGGCAGAAGACACGAUAUACUUUGUCAAGGGGUCGGAGCGUCGGAUGCAGUCCUCUGCUGCUGCUGCUGCUGCUCCUGCUGCUGCUCCUGCUGCUGCUCCUGCUGUGGCUGCGAACCCAUUCAAUUUUCCAUUGAUGCCGGGCGUUGGCGGCGCGGUAGGCGGUAAUUUGUUUGGCAACUUGAUGGGGAAUGGAGGAGGAGGAGGAGCUGCAGAUAUGCAGCAGAUGCAGCAGCAGAUGAUGGAGAACCCCGAGAUGGUGCGACAGAUGAUGGACUCGCCCAUGAUGCAGAACAUCCUGAGCAAUCCGGACGUGAUGCGCUCGAUCAUGCAGAGCAAUCCGGCCAUGCAGCAAUUGAUGGAGCAGAACCCGCAGCUGAAUCACAUUAUGAACGAUCCGGAACUGCUACGGCAAAGCAUGGAAGCGAUGCGCAACCCUGCUGCGAUGCGGGAGAUGAUGCGCAACCAAGACACGGCGCUACGGAACAUCGAGAGUCAUCCGGAGGGGUUCAAUGCAUUGCGACGCAUGUACCACGACGUGCAGGAGCCACUGAUGGAUGCUGCAGCGCGAGGGACGCCAGCGCCGCGCGGACCGGCUUUUCCCAUGCCAGGUGUCGCUGGUGGAAGCAGCAGUGCCAGCUCGACGACGAACGCGACACAGUCCCAGACACCCAUGUCGAAUCCAGCAAUGAACAUUGGUGCUGCUGCCAAUCCAUGGGCUACUUUGGGUGGCGCUAGUGCUACUGCGUCUACUAGCGGUAGUGCCGCUGCUGGAGCUGGUGCGAAUCCGUGGAGUGCUGGCCUCGGCGGUAUGGCUAGCAUGGGGGGAAUGGGAGGAAUGAGAGGAACGAGUAACUUGGGCGGUCUCGGGAGUAAUCCAGAAGCAAUGGCGCAAAUGAUGCAGAGUCCCUUGUUUCAAGCAGCGCUGGACCAAGUCGCGAGUAAUCCAGAGCAAUUUGUCGCUCAGAUGGAGGCCAUGAAUCCGCAGAUGGCAGCUAUGAUGGGCGCGAAUCCGCAGAUGCGACAGAUGAUGUCGAAUCCCGAGUUUCUGCGCCAAGCCAUGAACCCGCAGAACCUGCAGGCAAUGACACAGAUGCAAAACGCAAUGAAUCAAUUGCGUGGCUCUGGACUUCUAUCAGGACUCGAAGGCAUGAACUUUGGCUCGACUGGUGGUGCUAGUGCCGGUACGACCAGCGCCGCAGCGAUGAACCCGUUUGCAAUGUUCAGUGGCUCGGGCGCAAUGCCAGGCGUCCCCGCAGCACCAGUAGGCAAUCCAGAAGAGACGUACGCGUCGCAGCUGACGCAACUCAGCGACAUGGGCUUUUCCAAUCGUGAGCAGAACGUUCGCGCUUUACAAGCCACGCGAGGCAACGUCCAGGCCGCAGUUGACCGUCUUCUCGGCGGCGGCCCCAUUUAG